CGCAUGCGCUUUCACGGCAGUCUCAGUGCAGCGAUGGCGUCUUCCAUUGCGGUGUGCAGGUUGCAUUUGAGGGGCAGCCUCUCUAAAUGCUUUAAAAAAGUAGAUUCAUGUUUUCAAAGAAAGUUCGGAACUAGUACUGCUGCUACGAAGACCGAUGCACCCAGUAAGAAAUAUAAAAUCGACUCAAAGGAUGGAAACAAAUCUUUUUACACAGUCCAAGAGGAGAAGAUGGAGCAGGCAGAGAGAUCUGUCCUUAUCAGCUGCCCGGCCAAAACCAACGAGAAAAAGUUCCUCAGCUAUUUAUCCAGACAUGGAGAUAUCAACAAAUGUUUCUUUUAUGAAAGCUACGGUACAUAUGCUGUGGUGGAGUUUUCCAACAAGGAGAGCCUCACAUCACUCCACGAAGGGACGGCCAUCCCCAGUAUCAACCAUGAAGCUACAGUGCCUUUCAAGUCCAGACUGCUUUCGCUCAGAAACGCUGGUCCUGUGGACAUGUCCAAUGGCCAGUCCGCCCCUCCGUGCCAACCACAGACCACCAUACACAUUAACGACCUCAUACAGAGACUUUCCAAAGAAGCCAGUAUAGACCAACAAAUCUCCUCCCUUACAGAGACAUACCAGCUGACGGAAGAGAACGUCAGCCUGCGCUUCCUGGUCUGCUCUCUUCUAAAGGACAUAGCUGCUGCAUAUUUCCCAGAAUGCACCAUUCGGCCCUUUGGCUCCUCCGUCAACGGCUUCGGGAAGCUGGGUUGUGACCUAGACAUGUUUCUGGACCUGGACGGCAUCAGUGGAAGGAAUCUGAAAGGGCCAAAAUCAGGGCUCUCCUUGGAGUACCAGACAAAGAGGUCUGCGUCUGAGCGGGCGGGUACCCAGAGUAUCCUGUCUGUGAUCGGGGAGUGUGUAGACCAGUUUGGGCCUGGCUGUGUCGGGGUGCAGAAGAUCCUCCAGGCUCGCUGUCCCCUAGUCCGAUUCGCCCACCAACCGUCAGGGUUCCAGUGUGACCUCACGGCUAACAAUAGGGUAGCGAUGAAGAGCUCGGAGCUUCUGUACCUGUAUGGGGGGCUGGACCGGCGGGUGCGUUGCCUGGUGUUCAGUGUCCGGUGCUGGGCUCGGGCCCACAGUAUCACCAGCAGCAUACCUGGAGCCUGGAUCUCAAACUUCUCUCUCACUGUCAUGGUCCUAUUCUUCCUCCAGAGGAGAACUAUUCCUAUCCUACCCACCCUGGACCACCUCAAGGAACUAGCAGGCCCUCUAGAUAAGAGUGUCAUCGAGGGAAACGACUGCACAUUUGUCAGCGACUUCACAAAAAUACGACUGCAAGACAACACAGAGACAUUAGAGCAACUGCUGCAGGAGUUCUUUGAGUUCUAUGGAACCUUCGCGUUCAACCGCAUGUCGAUCAAUAUCAGAAAGGGCAGGGAGCAAAACAAACCCGAGAUGUCCCCAUUGCACAUCCAGAACCCCUUUGAGCCCGCGCUGAACGUCAGUAAGAAUGUUAACGGAACGCAGCUGGAGCGCUUUGUGGCGCUGUGUCGGGAGAGCGCCUGGAUGCUGCAGCAGCGGGAGUUCAACGUACCGCACGGCGGCAGCGCUACCAGAAACAACGCCCCCUGGGGCCUGGCAGCGCUCCUCAUGCCCUCGGUCUCCCAGGUGGCCGGGGUUAAAGGUCGUAAGAAGAGGAAGAGGGAGCCGGCCAGCGAGAGGAUAAAGGGCCUGCUGGAGUCUCUAAAGAACAGUGAGGUGAAGAGCUAGAGAGCGGCCAUGCAGUACAGCCCCACUAGAGGUCACUGGUGAGUUCUGGGUCUAUGGGUAACAGUGGCUACAUGGCCGUAAAGAAUGGACAUGUGAGGACUUGUCCAAUUUCUUUUCACACAACUGCAAAUAACCGAUCAGAGCCAAACCAAGCUGUACUGAUAUGGCUUGCGCCAUGGUUGCUGCAACCUACCUGAAAAAGGACAAUGUGACAACAGUUUGGUUUUGUUCAGCAUGGUAGUGUGAAAAGGGUGCCUGUGACCAGAUGCUCGUUAUAAGAAAGUCCGACUACUCUACAUGGCGACGUUUGCACAUCGAUGUACAUAAAGACAUGAAGUUAUAGCGUCCGCUGACAUCGUUUUGUUUGUAUACAUUUAGAGCCGAUGUAUUCAGAUGUUUUUUAUUAAAGAUCCUGAACAGUAA